AUGCAAGAAGGGGCGCGAGUGAAUCAUCCAUCCGAUCUAGUAUCGCGUGGACAGCCAGUCAAAGUCAAGGUUGUCAGCAUCGAGGGUAACCGCAUUGGAUUGUCGAUGAAGGAAGUGGACCAGGCAACUGGAAUGGACCUCAUUCCACAAAAGCGUCUGGCGUCAGGUGCUAACAUGGAACGUCUGGAUGGCGCUUCAAGCCAGGACAGAUAUGGCAGCCUUAGUUCCGAGGUUCCUGUUAUCGAGGGAUCAAGUGGCCGACCGAUGAGGAAUCGGAAACGCAUGACGUCCCCUGAACGUUGGGAGAUCAGACAGCUCAUUGCAUCUGGUGUUGCGUCUGCUGCGGAUUACCCUGAUCUCGAAGAAGAAUACCACGCCACCCUCAAAGGCGAGGGAGCUUUUGAGGAGGAGGAAGAUGUGGACAUUGAGGUCAGGGAUGAAGAGCCUCCAUUCUUGGCUGGUCAGACGAAGCAAUCACUUGAGCUUUCGCCAAUUCGUGUCGUCAAAGCUCCUGAUGGCUCAAUGAACCGUGCUGCCAUGUCUGGCACCAAUCUUGCAAAGGAAAGACGCGAGUUGAAACAGUCAGAAGCGCAAGAUAAGGCUGCCGAACUGGCAGCCGAAGUCGAUCUGAAUGCCCAGUGGCAGGAUCCCAUGGUUGCGCCGGAAGAUCGGAAAUUCGCUGCGGAUCUUCGCAAUACCCAACAAAAGCAGGACGAGCCACUUCCGGAGUGGAAGAGAGUGACUAUGGGCAAGAACCCGUCUCUCGGCAAGCGGACCGACAUGCCCAUCAAACAACAACGUGAAAGCUUGCCCGUCUUCAAGUUCCGCAAACAACUUCUUGAUGCUGUCAAAGACAAUCAGUUGAUGAUUGUCGUUGGUGAUACUGGCUCUGGAAAAACUACGCAAUUAACUCAGUAUCUGGCUGAAGCUGGAUAUGGCAAUAAUGGUAUCAUCGGCUGCACUCAGCCCCGUCGUGUUGCUGCCAUGUCCGUGGCGAAGCGUGUGUCGGAAGAAGUUGGCUGCAGGCUGGGCGCGGAGGUUGGAUAUACGAUCCGUUUCGAGGACUGCACCAGCCCCGAGACUAAGAUCAAAUACAUGACAGACGGAAUGCUCCAGAGAGAAAUUCUGAUGGAUCCAGAUCUCAAGAAGUAUUCCGUGAUCAUGCUUGAUGAGGCUCACGAGCGCACGAUCGCCACCGAUAUUCUGUUUGGUUUGUUGAAGAAGACUGUCAAGCGACGUCCUGACCUCCGUUUGAUAGUCACUUCCGCCACGCUGGAUGCCGAAAAGUUCUCGGAAUACUUCAACGGCUGUCCUAUUUUCUCGAUUCCUGGACGAACGUACCCCGUCGAGAUCAUGUACUCGAAAGAACCUGAAUCCGACUACCUGGACGCUGCUCUGAUCACUGUGAUGCAGAUUCACUUGACAGAGGCGGGUGGUGAUAUUCUGGUCUUCCUUACGGGUCAAGAAGAGAUUGACACAUCAUGCGAGAUCUUGUACGAGCGGAUGAAAGCUCUUGGGCCAACUGUGCCCGAGUUAGUUAUUCUUCCCGUAUACUCCGCGCUUCCUAGUGAGAUGCAGAGCCGAAUCUUCGAGCCAGCCCCGCCUGGCGGCCGAAAGGUUAUCAUUGCUACCAACAUUGCCGAGACCUCCAUCACCAUUGAUAAUAUUUACUACGUCAUCGAUCCCGGCUUCGUGAAACAGAAUGCAUACGACCCCAAGCUUGGCAUGGACUCUCUUGUGGUCACACCUAUCUCUCAAGCUCAAGCUAAGCAACGUGCUGGUCGUGCCGGGCGAACAGGACCCGGCAAAUGUUUCCGACUAUACACGGAGGCUGCAUAUCAGUCUGAAAUGCUUCCUACCACUAUUCCUGAGAUUCAGCGGCAGAAUCUGUCACAUACCAUUCUCAUGCUCAAAGCCAUGGGCAUUAACGAUCUUCUACACUUUGACUUCAUGGACCCGCCACCCACCAAUACAAUGUUGACUGCCCUUGAGGAGCUGUAUGCCUUGUCAGCCCUGGACGAUGAAGGACUCUUGACUCGCCUUGGUCGCAAGAUGGCCGAUUUCCCCAUGGAGCCGGCUCUUGCAAAGGUUCUCAUCGCAUCUGUUGAUAUGGGAUGCUCCGAGGAGAUUCUCAGCAUUGUCGCCAUGCUUUCCAUCCAGUCAGUCUUCUACCGUCCCAAGGAGAAGCAGCAACAGGCCGAUCAGAAGAAAUCCAAGUUCCACGAUCCCCACGGCGAUCAUCUCACCUUGUUGAACGUCUACAAUGGGUGGAAGAAUUCCAAAUUCAACAAUGCCUGGUGCUUCGAGAAUUUCAUCCAGGCCCGACAGAUCCGCCGUGCUCAAGAUGUGCGCCAGCAGCUUCUUGGUAUCAUGAACCGCUACCGCCACAAGAUCGUCUCCUGUGGACGGAACACUACAAUGGUGCGACAGGCACUCUGUACUGGUUUCUUCCGGAAUGCGGCUCGCAAGGAUCCCCAGGAGGGAUACAAGACGCUCGUGGAAGGCACACCAGUGUAUAUGCACCCGAGCUCUGCGCUCUUUGGCAAACCCUCCGAGCAUGUUAUCUACCACACUUUGGUCCUCACCACCAAGGAGUACAUGCACUGUACCACCUCCAUCGAGCCGAAAUGGCUUGUCGAGGCGGCGCCGACCUUCUUCAAGGUUGCGCCAACGGAUCGCCUGUCCAAGCGCAAGAAGGCUGAGCGCAUCCAGCCUCUGCAUAAUCGGUUUGCUGGCGAGGAUGAUUGGCGUCUCUCUGCCCAAAGGCGACAAGGCAGAGGUGGUGGCGGUGGAACUUGGGGCUGA